CCAUAAACCGGCUCUGAUUCGGUUCUGCAGAGAAAGACAGUAGGACACAGCUACACCCGGUUAAUCUCCGAGUAAACCGGUUUAUUUGUGUGUAUCUGAACGCUUGUAGGAGCAGAUAGAGAAUCAUUAAAAUCCUCUCAUUUGAAUAUGUAAGCUGUCAUGUUUACUAAAUGUUAUUAAAAGGGUAAUCUCAACGUUUUAAUAGUAAAAUCUGACAACAGUCCCUUUAAAAUCCCGGAGAAAAACAGAUAACUGUGAUAUUUGAUGGCAUUCUCCGGCCGGACCCGGUGUAUGCCCAUGGGUUUGAGGACUUUAAGCGAGAUCUUUGAAAUUGCCAAUCGCAACACUGGAGCACAACCUGGCAACCAGGAGCGAUGUAUCAGCCGGAUCAGCUGUUCAAUCAGGUACUUGUCUUCCUGUGGAAUCCUGAUGACUCGCACUCCGAGAAUGCUCUCCUUCCAGGAAGUGGAACUGACUCCCACUCAUCACAGGAGGAGCUUCAUCAGUCUCAGCAAUAAGAGGAAAGAGUACUCAGAGAGGAGGAUAAUGGGGUAUUCUAUGCAGGAGAUGUAUGAUGUCGUAGCCAACGUUGAUGACUACAAAUACUUUGUGCCUUGGUGCAAAAAGUCUCAAGUCAUCACGAGAAGAUCGGGUCAUGCUAAAGCUGAGCUUGAGGUGGGCUUCCCCCCAGUUAUCGAACGCUACACGUCUAUGAUCAGUCAUGUUCGUCCACACCUCGUCAAAGCAGUGUGCACAGAUGGCAAACUCUUUAACCACCUGGAAACGAUGUGGCGCUUCAGUCCGGGUAUUCCUGGGUAUCCGCGGACCUGCACAGUGGAUUUCUCUAUAUCCUUCGAGUUCCGCUCUCUGCUGCACUCUCAGCUGGCGACGGUGUUUUUCGACGAGGUUGUAAAGCAGAUGGUGACUGCGUUCGAGCACAGAGCAUGCAAGCUCUACGGACCAGAAACGCAGAUCCCACGCGAGCUCAUGUUCCACGAGGUCAGUCAGAUGUGAGACCAAUGCGUGCUGUAAAUUGGGAAUCUCGCACGUCUCCAGAUGGUUCUGAUAAAGGUCCAGUUUAUUAAUGUUAUAUUAUAAGGAAUUGUAAGGGAACUUAGCUUUGUGUUCACUUUGUAUUUGCUGUGAUGAUACAGCAUCUCUCUCUACCUCACAGAGUGCGUUUACAUCUGUUACGACUCUGCUUAUUUUAAGCAUUAUGUACUACACAGCAUUGUGUAACUGCUUUUUCUGAAACACAAAAGGAAAAUAAUAAUGAACUGUAUGAUGCACGUGAUGAUACUGAAUGUAAUAGCAUUUCAAAGACUCUACAUGCUCACUUUCAAUAGUUCAAUAGUUUUUUUUCCAUGUUAUUUCCUAUCAAAUUUGAUAUUUUAGAUUUGAUAUAUCAGUGGUUGUAUGGUUGGGGGCCGCAUUUGUGGAUGGUAAGCCCCUUAACUCACUGCUGUUGUCCAUUUUCCCGUUUACUCACAGCCUUUUUUCCUUCUCGUCCUCGAUUAAAAUGACGUAUGAGUUCUGAUCUGGCUGUUCAGACAGAGUCCCAUUCAUCAUAUUUCAGUAAAAAUCAUAUUUCAAUACCAUAUAUUGAAGUGGCCCAAAUAGGAAUAGAAAAUAUCAGAUUCAAUGUGGUUUUGCUGUUCACACUGCCACACAAACAACACAUCUGUGUCACAUAUGAUGUAAAAGAUCAGAUUUGAGACCCUGUUACUUGCUGUGUGAACAUAAACUAAGUUAUAUGUUGUGUUUUGUUCAAAAUAUUGCAGUUUAAGUAAGAUUCUCCUCUUCACUCUUUUUCUUCCAGUUACUGUGACACAUCCCUGACUGAGUACACCCCAAAAAAAUAUUGUAUCACCAUAUUUGAAGACAUUAUUUUAUUUAUUUGACAAUUUUUUUUUUCUUUUCAGUUUUGCUGCACACCAUCUAAUUAAACAGGAUAUUCGGCACUCUUUAUAAUUAUAUGUACAGUUAGGUCACUGUUCAUUAAAGCCCUGAUAAUAUUCUUGAAAUCCUUGAAAAGGCAAAAAUAAAAGAAUAUUGUGGAUACAAUAUUGUGAUAUUGCCCAGAUCUAACAAAAACUAAAAAAAAACUAAAAAAAAAAAGACAGAGAGAUUACCCCCUUCCCCAAUAGUUUGUCAGUUUGUUAUUUUAAAUAUAUCUUACAUAAUGUGGUUCUAUUGGUUUUCCAUUUAUUAAAAGCUUUUAUUUUUGGAUUUAUUUAAAACUGAAAAUUACCAUCUUCAGCAAACACAAAUAAUUAUAAUAGAAAUACAGUUAAGUAAUGCAAAAUAAGUUUUUGUUUCAUUAUAUGUAGUAUAUGUGUGUAUGCACAUAUAUAGUACUCACCUUAUUACUAAAUGUAGCAUUAUUUAAUAUAAACAUACUUUACUUUAACAUACAUGUCUCCUAACUCAGAGACUCAGGGCUGGUAAAAGUCAAGAUAAGCCUUUAUGAUUACGGUCUUAUAAAUUGUGAAUGCAGCUUGUUUGAACACACAAACUACAUGUAUUAUUUGCUGUAUUUCUGUAUCUGUACUGUAUAAUCUAGCAUGCCAAUUCUUACCGUAUUCCGGGAUCUUGGUGUCUUACUGAAGAAAUGUGUACUGAUUUUUUUUGUUUGUAAAGUUUUAACAGUAUAAAGUGUCAUUUUAGAGUCCUAACAUUAAAUGUAUUACUAUUAAGAACACUACAGUAAAAAUAAAACAUAUUUAACCUUUAACAUUAACUGAAAUCACAUCUUCAGCUUUGAACAAACUAGUGUCAAGUCCCUGUUGAGACUGUACUUUUAUGUUACAUCUUUUAUGUAUGUGUAUUCCUAUAAAUUAUUUUUGAAAUACAUUUGCGUUUUUUUUUAUAGUGGUAAAGACAACUACAAAGUUGACUUUUUCCAAAAUAUAUGGAUCUAAGGUCCUUAAAAUAUUACUUAAAAUAUGUAUCCAGAUAUAAAUCAAAACAUCAACAAGCACAAAAAAGGAGGAACAUUGUGAGUAGUGUUAUUUGGUAUUAAACCAGCAGUGUCAUUAUUUUAAAAUGUUCUGCAUUGUAGAUUAAUAAUAAAGUCAUCCAAACUAUGAAGAAAAACUACUUAAAAAUUAUUUAGUAAACAAAUAGGGUUAAUCAAAGUUGCACCUCUUGCACUUCUCAGGUCAGCUUUAUGAGGUAGAGUCCUUUGAAAUUACUUAGUUAACAGCUGUGCUGAACUCAUCAAGAGUUAAUUACUUGAAUUUCUUGUCUCUUAAUGUGUUUGAGAGCAUCAGUUAUAGUAAAGUAGUAAAGAGGUAGAGUUACAGGUAUACAGUGAAUAGUGAAUAUUUGAGUAGUUCUUGCCAUAAUAUGGAUAAGAACAUUACUAAAUAAAAAGUAACAAAAAAAAAAGUCAAGAACUUAAUUUCUGAUAAGUAUUCUGAGAAUCACUUAAAAAAAUAAAGAUCAGCCAAUCCGAGACAUUUCAAGAACUUUGAAAGUAUCCUUAAGUGCAGUCACAAUGACUAUCAAAAACAGUAUGAUGAUCGCACAAGGAAAAAAAGAGCAAAGAGCAAGAGUUUCCUCUGUUGCACAGGAUAAAUUAAUCAGAGUUACCGUCCUCAGAAACGCAAUUUAAAAGCAUCCUAGAUUAAAGCACCUUAAUGUUUAUUUCAGUUUGUUUAAAAUUCUUAAGUUACUACAUAAUUCCUUGUGUUACUUCUAAUGUAAGUCUGGAUGACUUCACUAUUCAUUUACAAUGUAGAAAGAAAAAUAAAUAAAUGAGAAUAUGUUUCCAAACCUUUGACUGGUACUGUAUGUAUUUGUAUUACAGUUUUCUUUAAGAUCAGUAAGGUCUCUAAAAAUGCUGCAGAAAAUAUUUUUUUCAAUAAAUAAAAUGAUUAAAUACA